AGGUUGACGAAGAAAAUCACGGUCGAGAAGAGCUUGAUGAGGACCGAAUGUGGACCUGGAAGUCAUGAGAUAAUUCGCUGGCCAGAGAAUAUUUUAGUGGCACCUUGUAAGGGUUUACAAAGGGACGUCGCUUUUGGUACCAUUCCGCGGUUUGAGCCGAGUUAUAAAUCCGUCACGCCUGGUCCAGGAUACACGCUUCGAACGCACAAUCCUUAUUAUUAUUUGGACCAGAAGAAGCUGAAAGGUUAUUCUCGUAUACCUUCUUUUGAAUUUGAUGGUCUGAUACCUAGAUUCCGAGAAACCAGAAGAAGUUGGUCUCUACCUUGUACUAGGUACAGCGUAAAGCAUCCAGACUCACUGCAAGCUUUUCUCGAAAAAGUCACGAGCAAAAGAGGACCUUACGAUCUCUUUACAGGGCCAAGAGAUGAGACUACUAUGAAAGGAUAUUGGACACAUCCAAAGUUAGAAUUUGACGGCGAUUGGCCGCGGAAAUUGUCAGGUGAAGUGGAAAAGCUUUCGAACAAAUGCAACUAUUUUAAAGGAAAAUGGUCUAUAAAUCCUAGAUUCACAAAGAAACCGGUUGCAAGGAUGCUAUUACAAAAUAUCAGCACGUGUUACAAGGAUCCCAAUGAACCGGGGCCUGGGCAUUACGAUCCUCGGGCGCCGAAAAAAUCGAGUACGCUCAAAAGAUAUCCCUUUGAUAGCAACAUAGAAUAUAUACGACCGCUUCCGCCAAGCGAUAUUCUUCCUGGACCAGGAAGAUAUAAGAUUAAACAAGAACGUCCUAUAAAAGGAUAUGGAUGGACGUGUGUUUUCAAGAGCAAGGUGCCCAGAACGAUCGGCGCGUUUAUUCGACCGUCAUAUAGCGAUUUUUAA